UCACUGAGAGUCCAUCACAUAUGAGCAUGGAGGGAACUAAAAUCGUGUGUAUUGGCAGAUGACCUACAGGAUUAUGUCCUGUAUCAUCCCUGAGAGCAAAGCUCUAACGGCCCGGUGAAGAAGUCUAUGCGAGAGAAGGCUGUGGAACGCAGGAAUGUUAAUAAGGAGCACAACAGUAACUUCAAAGCAGGAUACAUUCCAAUUGAUGAAGACCGUCUCCAUAAGACAGGCUUACGUGGCAGGAAAGGCAACUUGGCCAUAUGUGUGAUUGUUGUUCUUUUUAUUUUGGCUGUCAUCAACCUGAUUAUUACCCUGGUUAUCUGGGCUGUGAUAAGAAUUGGUCCCAAUGGUUGUGACAGCAUGGAAUUCCAUGAGAGUGGCUUGCUGCGGUUUAAGCAGGUGUCUGACAUGGGUGUUAUACAUCCCUUAUAUAAAAGCACUGUAGGAGGGAGACGAAAUGAAGACUUGGUGAUCACUGGGAAUAAUCAGCCUAUUGUAUUUCAGCAAGGAACAACCAAGCUUAGCGUAGAAAAAGACAAAACUUCUAUUACCAGCGAUAUUGGCAUGGAAUUUGUUGACCCACGAACACAAAAUACUUUGUUCAGCACCGACUAUGAAACUCAUGAGUUUCAUCUGCCAAAUGGAGUUAAAAUCUUGAAUGUACAAAAGGCCUCUACAGAGAGGAUUACCAGCAAUGCAACCAGUGAUCUGAACAUAAAGGUUGAUGGUCGUGCCAUUGUCCGGGGAAAUGAAGGUGUUUUCAUCACAGGGAAGACAAUUGAGUUUCGAAUGGGUGGAAACAUGGAACUUAAAGCAGAAAACAGCAUCAUCCUGAAUGGAACAGUGAUGGUCAGCCCGUCACGACUGCCGAGUUCUUCUUACGGGGAGCAGUUCAAUAACGGCAACUGGCUGCGCUUCAAGCUGUGCAUGUGUGCGGACGGGACGCUGUUCAAGCUCCAGGUGACCGGGCAUAACAUGGGCUGUCAGACCCCCGUCAACCCGUGCGGAGCCACGCACUAACACAAACUGCUGCAGGGACGGCUCUCCUUUGUGUUUACAUCGAUUUGUAUGAAGUAACUGCAUGCCUUCCAGGGUUUCUUUUUUCACAGCAGUUUAUACUAACAUUUCUUACAUUGGAUUUUUAAGGAAAGGCUGUUACAGUCAGCAGUAUUAGGUCAUCAUGCUUCUAGCUGCAGUAGUGGCACUGAAUCUGUAAGCUUUCAGUGUAAGUGCAUACUGAAGUAUCUUCUUGAAUUGGGAUCAGUAGAAUAUAUGUAAAGAACAUGAUCUUGGCAACAGCUCUACUGCCUACAGUUGUCUCUAGAGGAGGUUUUUGUUCUACAUCCCAAGACCUUGAAGACUGCUGAGAACACAACUGCAGUCUGAAGUACAUCAACAAGAAUGUCAACUUUUUGAUGGAAAUAGAUUUUCCUAGGAUGGCUGAAGUGGCAGACUUUUCUCUUCUUUCUUGUGAUACAUUGAUUUACCCCAAGUUUAGGUGGUUUACCAGAUGUGUACUAAUAGGGGUAAUGGCAGAUUCGCUUUAAAAUAUCGCAUUAUUUCUGCCAUGUAUUCAUUCUCACAUUGUUAAAAAAUUAUGUAUCGUAAAUAAUAUUUGCAAAGUAAUACUGAGUAUGGAAACAUAACUUGAAUUUUGAAGUAGUCUUGUGGUUAUUGAAGUGUUGCUUGAACUUCCAUUCUAACUGUGCAGUUAAUCCAUUCUGCAGUUGCUUUAUUUAUGUGAAGUACUUAUAAGACGUGUUUAUAUUAGAAGUACAUUUUUAAAGAUGUACUUACGACUUGCUUACUACCCAAAAAUAUUGUUUUCCUGGGUGUUCUAAUAUGAACAGCAUCUGAGUCCAUUACUCAGUUGGUAAUAAUCUAAGCAUAACUGUUGCAGCAGUGUCUGAGGUCAGAUCUCUCCUCCUCAUAAAUGCCAGUACUGAUGCAUUACUGAGAACAGUGAAUUGAAUUCUGAAGUUAAACUGCAGGUCUGUAAUAAUAAAUGUGGUGGUAGGACAUCAGGGUAAAUCUAUGUGUAUCAGAAUUUGUCAGCCGUGAACCUAUGGUGAACUGGGGCCUAUUACAGCCUUCCAACUGCUUUUGCAGCAGUGAGGUGUUUUGUGCUAAAAAUAGACCCACUAUUUAUAAGAGUCCUUCUUUCCUCACCCCAUGUAUUUCUUCAGUUUAAAAUAGCUUUGUUUUGCAGUAACAUCAAGUAACCUUAAUGUUGGAGGUCUCAAAGUGACUUUGUAACAGCUUUUUGACAAGUUUUUUGAUAAGCACACACUUCUUUACCUAAAAACUGUGCGAGUUUUACACAUUAAUUUCAAAGUUGAAGUUUAUGUGUAAAGUUUAUCUUCCUUUUAAGUUUAAUAUCUUCCUUAUUAUCUUCCUUUUUUUUUUUACAGGAAGAUAAACUAUCUACCCUUGUUUUACAAUGCUCAAAGUACAUAGGAUUCCAUAAAACUUCUGCUGUAAAAAGAAAUUCAUAUCUAAGGUCCUAAUUUCUGAAUUUACUGGCAGGCAGUAAGCAUUCAUGCAGAAUGUGUAUUGGUGGAAGUGAUUUUUGGAGGGGUAGUCAUCAGUCAGGCAUUACAGCACAUGGGGGAAGUCAGAGGAGUCGUAUUUCCCUCACUGCUCAAAGGCAAACGCAGAUUUUGAUGCUCAUUCAGUUGUUGCAGUUUUGGGGCUGGACAGCAGUGGAGCUGUUCUGACAAAAUCAGAAUAAGUAGAAUAUGAUGUAGCAAAAAACACUGAGUUCUCACAUUAAAGAUUAUGGGGAAGUAGUAACAUUUUGCAUACUGCCUUCAUGGACUUCAUAGUUGCAUCAGAGUUAAGAGUUACUAAACACUUAACACACAUUUUGCUGCUUUACACCCAUCCUCGCUGCUAAGCAGUGCCUCAUUUAGUGUCUGUUACAGUUAAGAGGAGGAAAUGAACUAAUGUUUUUAGAAUUUUCACUCUCAUACUAAUGGAAGUUUGUCACUUUAUUUUUAUGUAUACAAAUGCAAACACAUAUUAAAAAUAUAAAGAGCAGUAUCCUCAAAGCUGAAGUACAUUUGAAAAUGACAGAUACUGCCUUGGUCAAGUAGGUUAAACACAUAUUAAAGAUUUUCUCUGAUUAAUAUUGACAUGCCUAUAUGCUAGUAUUGGAUUCUUGUAAUUGUCAAGAGUUCUUUUUAAAAUACUGUGUGCAAUGUACAGCUGAAAGAUCUGUCACAAAGGUACUCUUAAAUCAUGAUCUGCAGAAUUGUUUUUGAAGUGUGGAUUUUUUGUCAAAAUGUAGCAAAUCCAAUUAUAAAAAUACCAAAUGAAAUAAAUUAUCAAAUUUGCUAGCCACUAUGUAUUGUUAGUAUAUUUUAUAUUUAUAUUACACAGUUUGAGAAAUGUUGGCACCACCAAUACCUUCUGUUGAGCAUUUACUUGUUUAUCUUUUAACUGCCUAAGGUACAUUUUUCUGUAUGUAUUUAAAACAUUAAGUGGAACACUGUUUAUUUCAGUCACACAGAUGCACUUACGAUUCUGUGUGUAUAAAGUGUAUUAUUCUAUAUGCCUUUCUAAAAUGCCAUACUGGGUAUGCUGAAACAACUUGCAUGUGAAGAGCUCUCACUAUCUGUAAGUGUGGAGGGUGUUCCAGUGAGUGAAAGGCAGUAGAAUUUCAAAUGCUUGUUUUGAAAUAAAAUAAAUUCUAAUAUGCA